CUCAGUACCAAGUGCCUCCGGCUCCACCCGUUCUUCCUAUUUACUUGCCACUCUCUCCUACCUUGUCACUAGCACUAGUCUUCUAAGUGAUCUUGCGAUCGACCUCGACCCCGAGAAGCACGCUAGCUAGCAAUGGAGACGUCUUGCUUCUUGACAUCCAAACCAUCCCCCAAGAGCAUGACGAUGCCAUCGCCGGCCAGCGUCGCCAAGCCCAAGCCGCAUCUUCUCUUCAGCAACAAGCGUGCGAGCUCGUCCGUCACUUGUUGCAGCUUCAACGCGCGGGCUUCCGAGGAUGGCGCUGUUCCGGUGAUCGAUGCCGACUGGCGGUCCUUCCGCGCGCAGCUCUACUUCAACGAGCAGUACGCCAAAAGCGUGAACCCGGCCGUGGCCGCGAUGCCGCCGCAGGCGGUGAAGAUCGGCGAGAAGUGGGCGCACCCGCUGGUGGAGCCCGAGAAGGGGUGCCUCCUUAUCGCCACGGAGAAGCUGGACGGGUCGCACAUCUUCGAGCGCACGGUGAUCCUGCUCCUCUCCGCCGGCGUGCUGGGCCCUGUAGGCGUGAUCCUGAACCGCCCGUCGCUCAUGUCCAUCAAGGAGGCGGAGUCCAUCUUCGCAGACGACGCUGACAUCGCGGGCGCCUUCUCGGGCCGGCCGCUCUUCUUCGGUGGGCCGCUGGAGGAGUGCUUCUUCAUCCUGGGACCGCGGGCCGCCGCCGGCAGCGACGUAGUGGCGCGGACGGGGCUGUUCGAGGAGGUGAUGCCGGGCCUGCACUACGGCACGCGGGAGAGCGUCCGGUGCGCCGCGGAGCUGGCCAAGCGCGGCGUGGUGGGCGUCCGGGACUUCCGCUUCUUCGACGGCUUCUGCGGGUGGGAACGGGAGCAGCUGCGCGACGAGGUGCGCGCGGGGCUCUGGCGCGUCGCUGCGUGCAGUCCCGCCGUGCUGGGGCUCGCCAGCGUCGUCAAGGGCGGCCUUUGGGACGAGGUGCGAGGACUCGUUAGGGAGAGGAGGGUGUGGUGACUUAGUCAUGGGUAGGCGAGGCGUGUGUGCGCGCCGGUGGACGUUCAAGUCCCAAAGCUCGCUUUGUGAUUAUUUAAUCAAUUAACUUGCAAGUAAAUUAAUCAAUCAAUGCUUCGGGAUGAAA